ACUCAAGCACCCAUCCAGGUGACUUUCUCUCUGUCCUCACAUGACAUCUCACCAAAAGUUUAUGCAUAUGAAAUAUAUAUACACCACAAAGAUUCAUACGCUCACAACAGACAACUAUCUCUAGCAGCCAUCUGGGUACCAAGAGGACAUCUCUAAGUACAAAGCCUCAGCAUAGAGGUAUGAUAUUUCCUGAUUUAUCCUAGAUCACCUCUACAUGAUUUCCAUGCAGAGAUCCCAGAGAGAUGAUGAUGGUUGAUCUAAGCUCCCGGGCUUUAUGGACAGCAGUCCUUAUCCUGCUCAGUUCUGGUAUUUCUUGUGAUUCGUGGUGUCCAACUCCGAAUAGAGAUUCAACAAGUGCAAAAUUUCAGCAGAAAGCUACUAAGUUCUGGGAGUUCGAGCAGACAAGUAAAAGAUGGGUAGAAAUCAGCUAUCCUUUUGAUCUAAUGUCGUGCGUCGACGGGAACUGUACUAAAGUUGGGUCAAUUGAGAAGACGGAGGAGAAACAAAGUAGAGCUAAGAUCACAAAAGAAGACGGUCUUGAACUGGUUUUGCCUCUAAGGAAGAGGCUAUCGCUUACUAGGAUGUCAGAAUCGUCUCUUUGGGUCACGGGGCAGAGUGGAUCAAUCUAUGAAAGGUUCUGGAAUGGAGUUGAAUGGGUAAUUGCUCCCCAUGAAUUACCAACUUCAGCAGGUCAAGCGAUUUCGGUUUUCAUAAUUAAUCAAACUAUUCUUUCUCUAUCAGAGGCUGGGAUGCUUUAUCAGCUUGAACUGAAUGAAAACUCUCAACCAAUAUGGACUGAAUUUACGCUAUUAUCAGACCCAAAGAUACACACAGCAGGAACAGAACAAAAAUCAACAAUGAGGAUCAAGUCAGGCCUUGUAUCUAAUGAUGGAGAGAGGUUGUACUUAUCAACCACAAAUGGGUCACUAUUAGAGAUCAGUGAGAUUCAGCCUUUAAGGUUGUAUUAUCACGGUCGACCACCAGGUGGAGAUGUGGUGGCAAUAGCUGAUUCCGGCUCUAUUAGACCGGGUGUUGUGUUUACCGUGAGUACUUUGGGAGAUCUCUAUGAAUUUGACAGGAAAUCUAAGCCAGCAUGGAAGAAACACAUUUGGAGUGAGAAAACAACGAAGGAAAUUUUGCUGGCACCCUUGACAGGUUGUCGUAUAAAUGGCAUAUCGGGAACUCAUUCACACUCUCUUUUCCUUUUAACCAAGGAUGGUUUUCUAGUAGAGCGGCGCUUGCACAAAAGGAAGUGGAAGUGGAGAGUUCAUGGCGCUCCUGAGGGUUACUACUUCAGUGCCAUCACAUCUGCCCAACAAAAUGAUAUAAAUGAGAGGAUGCUCUCGCUGUUUCUCACGACAACUGGUGGAUCUGUAUAUGAAUAUCAGCUUCCUAAAAAUUCAGGUGUCAAACACGGGGAUGAAAUAGAAGGGCUAUGGUUGAACCAUAAUCAUCCAAAACAAGCAAAGAUUGCACGAGGAAUCCAUGGAGUACAGAUUCAAACAGGGAGGUUUAUAUUCCCAUUGGACGAUGGGAGACUCGGGGAGCUCCACUUGACUGGCAUUGGUGGAGAAAACAUAGGCCCAACUCUUCAAAUCAGCAACAGAAGGAAAACAUCAAAUAAGUAUGAAUGGUCCAUCUUAGAUGCCCCAGAAACUGAAGGAUGGAAUGCUGAGUACUGCACUGAGGAAAAUGGUCCUUCAAAUUGCAUUGCAGGAACAAAGAGUAUACUUACAUUUAGAAAGUCACAAGAUCACCAUCAUUACAUAUCUUUGCCUAAUUACGAUAACAGUGCAUCCGAAUCUAAUAAUUUCAUAACUAAAACUAUAUACGAUAAUUUCAGAAUGAGAAUGAUGCAUCCUGAUAGGUCUUUCUUCUUCAUCACAGACAGUGGUGUGACUUUUGAAUAUUUGUAUACUGAAAAUGUUUGGUUGUGGCUGAGGCACGAGCAAUCGACGGCUAUUAAAGGGGCCUUAGGAAGCUACAAUGGUAGUUUGUUUUUGGUUGACACACAUGGAAGCUUACUUUUAAGAGAAAGAAGUGGAAAUGAGCUAUUGUGGAUCAAUUGCACGGCAAUGAAGAAUGGUAGACACGUUGAAUCAGGACCCCCGUGGGAUGUUAUACCUGGCACGGUUCGGAGAGUUACUUCAGAAGAUGCACUAUAUUUUGUCAACAAAAAGGGAAGGCUAAUACAGUUUACGGUGGCACUACGAAAAUUCAAGUGGAAAGAUUGUCGAAGCCCACCCAACAUAAAGAUCGCAUACAUAGUAGACCAAGAAGUCUUCCGACUAAACAUAAUUUUCAUUGUGGGAAGAAACGGUCAUCUAUACCAAUACAACAGUAUCACCGACCUCUGGCAUGAGCAUUACCAAUCUCCUUACCUAGUCCUCUCAAGAUCCCCAGGGACAGCCAUGAGGCCAUCACCACUAUCGCUAACUGGCUCUCUCUUCAUGAUAUCAGAAAAUGGUGGACUUGUUGAAUACAAUUGGAAUUCAUUAGUAGGAUGGGAAUGGGUUGAGCAUGGAACUCCAUAUAGAGAUGUCAUAUUAGUUGGUGCACCUGGCCCGAGCUUUGAUGGUACUCAAUUGUUUGUUGUUGGAUCAGAUGGCUGUGUUUAUAGAAGGCAUUUGGAUCAAAUUACAUGGAAAUGGACAAGUCAUGGGUAUCCCUAUACACAAAAUGGAGCUUUGGAAGCUCCUAGGAGAAGUAGCGAAAAUCAGAAAUGUGGUGCUGAUGAUGAAAAUGUGGCUAAGUUUGAGGAGGAUCAACACUACACUGAUAGUAUCAAGGGAAGUUGCAAUGAAAAGGUGGCUCCGACAAGGCCUAUACCGUUUUCUGAAGGGUCAGUAAUAUUCGAAUUACAAGAUGGAAGGUUGGCGGAGUUGCAGAAAGGGUCUGGCGAUGCAGAAUGGGAAUGGGUUCGGAUUAUCGGAACACCAACCAGCCUUUGCUUGACCGCUUACUGGACUGCAGUGGCAUCAUAAUCACACCAUAUCAAGAAGUGUAAGAGAACCAUACAAUAAUAUUGGGGGUGUAAAAAAGAACAUCACCGUGUUGGGCGAAAAUUAUGAAAAUUAGUAUAGAGAUUGGAAAAACUGAGAUACAAAUAAAUUGUAGAAUCCACAGACUGAUGAGUAAAGACUUUUUGGUUGUAACUAAAGCCUCUGUUUUGUGAAUAGGGCGGCAAUCUGCAAAAUUGAUGUAAUAGAGUCAGAGAUAAAUUAAAAUUAAAAACCAAAAUGGAGA